AUGGAUGGUGGAGGACCCUACACUGGAGUGAAUAAUGGUAGGGUUGUCAAGUAUGAAGAACGUAUCAAUGGUUUUGUCGACUUUGCCUAUGCCUCUUCAAAUGGAACUAAGGAAUUGUGUGAUGGCACCAACGACCCUGAUUUGCUCGCUAUUUGUGGAAGGACUUUCGAUUUAGAGAUGUACCAUCGAACCAACGAGCUAUGCAUGAUGGACGCUUACUAUGGGCUCUGUGUGCUUAGACCUGAAGGGGAGUCCUUCAAAUUUUCUAAUGCUUUGGACAUUGGCCAACUACCCGGAGACAUUUACUUUGCAGAUUCAAGCUCCAUCAAUAAUCUAAAGUACGUACAACAUGUCCCAGAACAACCAGCUAAUCUAGACACAACAGCGAGAUUCUUAAAAUAUGAUUACAAGACAGGAAUGGUAGCAGUGUUGCUUAAGAACCUUUCACUUGCUGGUGGGGUGGCAAUUAGUGAAGAUCUCUCCUUCAUCCUUGUUUCAGAAUUUAUGGGUAAUAAAAUUUGGAAGUACUUGUUGAAAGGUCCAAAAGCAAAUACUUCAGAAAUUUUGUUAGACAUCCAACACCCGGGCAACAUAAAGAGAGCUCCAUCAGGAGAUUUUUGGGUGGCAGUGAAUUUUCAGACACCAAACCCAGUGCCUGCAGGAAUAAAGAUCAAUGAAAAUGACACCAUAUUGGAUAUGGUGAGCAUUGGAACACCAUUUAAUGGCGUAGAUAUCAGUGAAGUUAAUGAGUUUGGUGGCCUUUUGUUUGUAGUGUUUCCCUUUGCAAGUUUGGGUGCAGUGUACAAGGCUCGAGAGGAAUGA